AUCUGCGGAGAGUGAAGCCGUUGAUGGGACAACCGUCAGAUACACCCAACCCGGCCGGCGCUAUCUCUAAUGGUCCUUGGAAUGCGUUUGCGCAUAUGAAUGGGAGCCUUCGCCGGUGUGAUGCGAGUCAAUGCCUAACAUCUAAUCCAAGCAUAUGGGCACCUGAACUUAGAGAAGAGUGACGAGAAUUGAUUAGAUGCUUAUCAACAGCAGUCUAUUCAGAGGUUGUACCGCUCCUUGUAGCAAGGCUUCUCUCUCCCAUUGUCGUGGUAGUCGCAGGGCUCUGUCCGUGAUAGAGUCUGCUCAACCUUUCCGGAGGCACACAUGGAUUGAGCUUCGGGUUCAGUCUAGCGAAGAGGUCGUGGCAAAACUCGAGCGAGGUUUCCGUGCAGUAAAUGGAUCCAUAGUCGUUGCUGUUGGGACCGCGAUUAUACACAUAGACAGCAAGAUCCACGGCGAGGUGCCUGUGCGUAGAAAACCUGUGGCUGCAAGGGUACAAUUGAUGGCCGAUCUAGAAUGGAAUUUCUCGUACUUUACCAUCCCGCCGAUGACUGCGUCGAUAGUUGCGUCUUUGAAGUCGGAGUCCUGUAAAAAGCCGCCGAGGGCGUCGAACUCGCACGGCUGUAUGAGCAAGUGUUUCAAGCCUCCUGAACCUCGUCGUCGCAGAAUCUUUCCAGUAUACAACCACUUUGUAAACACUUGAAGAGGGUUGAUUCGGCCCCUGGGAACUUGGCCGUCUGCUCGCUACCUUCUAACCACUCUCCCUGCAGUGCGUUUCUGAAGAAAUCGGAGCUCAACUCCAGAAGCGACUUGGCAUAGCGAAGAGAUGGUCCGAUUCACCAACGAGGACUUUGAUACGCGCCGAAUCGUAACACGGCUUGGCUUGUGUUUUCGGCCCUUGUUUUCACCCUGAUCCCGAGUACACGUUUGACCACUCCCGUGAAAUCAGGUCAGCUAUGA